AUGGAACCUACAAAUCACGAAGGAGACGACAUCCAGGUGAUUGAAGCUCCUCAAGAGCGUACCGAAGGAGCUUUACGGACUGCACAGACAGUAGUUAUCUCUCGUGAGGCCUGUAAGAAUUCUACUUUCUUUUCUGCAUUAAGGUUUUUAUUGUACUUGAUUAAAUGUCUGGGACCCUUCUGACUUUCUUCUACUUUAGAUGCGUCUGCAGUCCCCACACCGUCCCGAGUCAUUCCUGGCCGCCCAGUUGCUCGUCCCACGUAUCGCACAUUUUACACCAAUCAAUCGCCUCUUGUCCGACUGGGCAAUAACCUUCCGGCGAUGGUCCCUCGGAUUGAUGGUUACAGGUCCAAACCGACACCGAUGAGAGCUCAAACUGGUCUUCGGAGUACCGAAACAACAGCAGCCACGAGCAACUCUGAUACUGAUCCGUUGGAUUCAACGAUUUCUGAAGUCGCCAAGGCCCCGACUUCAUCUUCCACAUCUAAUGGGAAUCAGCCUACUCUCAGUUUUGCCGUUAGAGCUGGCGCUCAACCAUCGGACGUUAGAUCAGCGAAUGGAGUGAGACCGGGAGUGCCUUUUACUCGACCUCCAGGAGAAAGAAGGUCUUAUUAUGUGAAUGGAGAGCACGUUGUUCCACUCAGCGAUGAUGAAGAAGAAGCUAACAGGGCUGCUGCCCAAAAGAAGACAACUCCGGUGUUGAAGCCGAGAAUCAUUAACGAAGACCAUGCCAGGAUUGUUCAAGCUAAACUGGCGACUGCCAGAGAGAGUGCGCUUAAAGCGGCCAAGUUUAAAGAUAAGAUGUCUAAAUCUCCACUAAGGAAGUCGACCGAACCAAUAAAAAGUCCACCAAGGAAGUCGACUGAUCCGAGACCGGACCCUAUGUUGAAUGUGACUACGAAGACGCCCUUCCCUCAGACCAUCAACCUGACCAAGCCAGACAAGGUGAAAAGAAGCACCCUCGAGAUUGUCAAUGAUCCCUCGUUGUCCAAACCUCGAGGGACAAUGAUCAUGGAUAAAGUUUAUGAGAUCAGGGUAUGUCAUGGUUAAUAUACAUUUUGUUGGUUUUUAGUUAACCGAGCAGUUAAGAAGUUAGUAAAAGGAAUCAGUAUUCGUUUUGCAACCCCAAAACCCGAGAAAAUAUAUAUUUGUUAUAUGUGAUUUAUCGUUUAUGUUGCACUUGCUGUUUAGAUGCCGGAAGCCGUCACCAUUCGCCUAACCGAUGAAGAGAAUGAAAUAAUGAACCGUUUGAAAGCAAAGGGAACUGUGAGGACAUACGCGGGACACAUGGAUGACCUACGUCAAUUCAAGACCGCUCUCUCAUAUUGCAGUAGACUAAUUGAUUAUCAAUAUGAAAUUAUCAAGGACAUGAGUGAGAGACUUCAAGAAUUCAAGAAGAAUGGAGAUGAGUGGAGAAGAGAGGCCAAGAAAUUGCAAAGACAGGUGGCUUGUCGGAUCAUCAAACCUCACAUCACCAAGUACAAAACUCCUUAUUCAAAGGCUAGCCGAAAGAAGAAGAUCCGGGCAAAGCUGAAGGAAAUGGUCACUGAAACCUUUGAAUACAACGAGGAGGACAUGAAAAAAUUAUUACGAGAAACUUUUCCAGAGGCAUUUUAUGUUCCCGAGCCUUCUCAAGACGAGCAAAAAGAAGGAUUCAGGAAGGAAGAUGAUGAUGAGGAUGAUGAAGAUUACAUCCCACAGCAUGUCUACAUGCCUGGACAGGUCCCGCAUGAGUCCCUUUACUAUUAA